UUAACUCCGGCCCGUGUUAUUGGUGCUGCUGGACUUGUUUACCAUAUUUGGCAAGCGGCUGACAACAGCGCGUGGGAAUUGGAUGAGCGAGGCCAUCAUUCAGAGAAGUCAACCUUCUGGAGCUUUUACAAACAACGCGCAUGCUCAUGGGAUUUGUAGUCCAAAACAAACGCCUAUCGCCGGAACGCGUCGAUUUCUGGGUCAUUUCUGACCGACAAAAGCGUCAUAUUUUAAAAAUACUUUAAUUUUAUAACUUAUGCUGGUUUAAUUUAUGUUUAAAGAUGAAGAUUCUUCCUCCUUUAACCGCCACCAGACAACUACACCCAGGCCGCUGGUUGACGGCCUACAACUCCCAUCUGCGCAUGCUCUGCGUGGAUUGGCUGCGUCAUCGUGUCAAUCAGGCCCAGGUCCUUCCUCACCGCUCCUACAGUAAAUAUUUGUGUUUGCUCAACCGGCUGUAAUGGUGGACGAGUGAGGCAGAGUGCGACGGGGUCCAACAAAAGAGCAGAAGGAGGAGAAAUAAACGCCGAGCGUUGGAAAGUCCGCCUCAGAACCAGCUGCCGCCACUUCUCGGAGGAAACGGACGGGCUUCGGUCGGAAAAUGGAUGAACUCAAACAUCAAGUGAUGAUUAACCAGUUCGUCCUGACGGCGGGUUGUGCGGCAGACCAAGCGAAGCAGCUCCUGCAAGCGGCACACUGGCAGUUUGAGACUGCCCUCAGUGCCUUUUUUCAAGAAACAAAUAUCCCAUAUGGCCAUCAUCAUCAUCAAAUGAUGUGUACCCCCGCCAACACGCCGGCCACGCCCCCCAACUUCCCUGAUGCGCUGACCAUGUUCUCCCGGCUGAAAGCCUCCGAGAGCUUCGCCAGCAGCGCCGGCAGCCCCAUGGCUGUCUCCAUGGCGACCUCGCCGCCGCCCCCUCAGGCGGGCGGCUGGGGCGCGGCGCCCGGCGCGCCCAACGCGCCGCAGCCGCAGCAGGGACUCUGGACUCCGCCCCCCACGCAGCCCUGCCCGCCCCCCUGGCCGGUGGGCGUCGCCCCGCACGCGGGCACCGAGCAGAAGGCCAGCGUCGCCAUGGAGGCGGAGAGAUGAAGGACUGGAAACGGCCCCCCGCCUCACUGUUGUCAUGGCGACGGUGAGAGGUGGGGGGGGGG